CUCUAUUGUCCAGGGAGCUACAGGAGUUAUGACAGCUGUACGCUGCGCCCCACCCCAACCAAGCAGAAGACGGAGGUGGAGGAGGAGCAGUCCAACCUGAUCCGCUGUGUGAGUGAUGCUUCCCUGGUGAAGAGGAGGGUGAAGAGGAGUCCACAGAGAGAGAGGAACAGGCAACACUGCUUCUCCAUCAAUGGACACUUCUAUAACUACAAGACGGCUAUAUUCACUCCAUCCUAUGGAACGUCCACUAACGUCCGCAUCAACAGCAAAAUGACAACACAUCAGGUCAUAUCACAGCUCCUUCAGAAAUUCAAGAUAGAAAAUGAUCCCAAUGAGUUUGCCCUCUACUGUGUCCAUCAAAGUGGAGAGAAGAAGAAGCUGUCUGACUCAGACCUGCCACUGUGGGAGAGGCUUGUCCAGGGCCCAGCGGAGGACAUCAUGAAGAUGUUCCUCAUGGACAGAGAUGAAGAGGAAGUCAGCAACGAUGUGGCCCAGUACCUCAACCUGGAGCUGCCCAUCCUGGAGGGGGUUCUAGUGAAGCUGGAGGAAGAGGAGAACAGAGCGGUGGAGAGAAUCACCAGCAAGUACAACCAACAGCAAAUAGUCUUGUCUCAGCUUCUCAGCUCCAAGAUCACCAAGACCGAGACAGAGCUGAACGGGUAGUCAUCCCUCCUCCUACACAGCUGAAUGGGUAGUCAUCCCUCCACCUAAAUGGCUGAACGGGUAGUCAUCCCUCCACCUACACAGCUGAACGGGUAGUCAUCCCUCCACCUACACAGCUGAACGGGUAGUCAUCCCUCCACCUACACAGCUGAACGGGUAGUCAUCCUUCUACUGAGACAGCUGAACGGGUAGUCAUCUCUCCACCUACACAGCUGAACGGGUAGUCAUCCUUCUACCGAGACAGCUGAACGGGUAGUCAUCCUUCUACCUACACAGCUGAACGGGUAGUCAUCCCUCCACCUACACAGCUGAACGGGUAGUCAUCCCUCCACCUACACAGCUGAACGGGUAGUCAUCCCUCCACCUACACAGCUGAAUGGGUAGUCAUCCCUCCACCUACACAGCUGAACGGGUAGUCAUCCCUCCACCUACACAGCUGAACGGAUAGUCAUCCUUCUACCUACACAGCUGAACGGGUAGUCAUCCUUCUACCUAGACAGCUGAACGGGUAGUCAUCCCUCCACCUAGACAGCUGAACGAGUAGUCAUCCCUCCACCUAGACAGCUGAACGGAUAGUCAUCCCUCCACCUACACAGCUGAAUGGGUAGUCAUCCCUCCACCUACACAGCUGAACGGGUAGUCAUCCCUCCACCUACACAGCUGAACGGAUAGUCAUCCUUCUACCUACACAGCUGAACGGGUAGUCAUCCUUCUACCUAGACAGCUGAACGGGUAGUCAUCCCUCCACCUAGACAGAUGAACGGAUAGUCAUCCCUCCACCUACACAGCUGAAUGGGUAGUCAUCCCUCCACCUACACAGCUGAACGGGUAGUCAUCCCUCCACCUACACAGCUGAACGGAUAGUCAUCCUUCUACCUACACAGCUGAACGGGUAGUCAUCCUUCUACCUAGACAGCUGAACGGGUAGUCAUCCCUCCACCUAGACAGCUGAACGAGUAGUCAUCCCUCCACCUAGACAGCUGAACGGGUAGUCAUCCCUCCACCUAGACAGCUGAACGGAUAGUCAUCCCUCCACCUACACAGCUGAACGGGUAGUCAUCCCUCCACCUACACAGCUGAACGGGUAGUCAUCCCUCCACCUAGACAGCUGAACGGGUAGUCAUCCCUCCACCUACACAGCUGAACGGGUAGUCAUCCCUCCACCUAGACAGCUGAACGGGUAGUCAUCCCUCCACCUAGACAGCUGAACGAGUAGUCAUCCCUCCACCUAGACAGCUGAACGGGUAGUCAUCCCUCCACCUACACAGCUGAACGGGUAGUCAUCCCUCCACCUAGACAGCUGAACGGGUAGUCAUCCCUCCACCUACACAGCUGAACGGGUAGUCAUCCCUCCACCUACACAGCUGACCGGAUAGUCAUCCUUCUACCUACACAGCUGAACGGGUAGUCAUCCUUCUACCUAGACAGCUGAACGGGUAGUCAUCCCUCCACCUAGACAGCUGAACGAGUAGUCAUCCCUCCACCUAGACAGCUGAACGGAUAGUCAUCCCUCCACCUACACAGCUGAAUGGGUAGUCAUUCCUCCACCUACACAGCUGAACGGGUAGUCAUCCCUCCACCUACACAGCUGAACGGAUAGUCAUCCUUCUACCUACACAGCUGAACGAGUAGUCAUCCCUCCACCUAGACAGCUGAACGGGUAGUCAUCCCUCCACCUAGACAGCUGAACGGGUAGUCAUCCCUCCACCUAGACAGCUGAACGAGUAGUCAUCCCUCCACCUAGACAGCUGAAUGGGUAGUCAUCCCUCCACCUAGACAGAUGAACGGAUAGUCAUCCAUCCACCUACACAGCUAGCUCCUGUUUCUGUAAUAGAUGCUUGACAACACAACAAUUAAAUGUUAGCUAGCUCCCAGUUUGUACACUGGUUUGUUACUGUUGAAUCAUAUGAAGUGAUUCAUUUUUCAAUAACUCACGGGCGGCUAGCUAGCUAACUGGCUAGCGGAGGUGUUAUGAUCACUAACAUCAUGGCUGGAAUGUACUUUUGACCAAUCAGAUUACUUGGCCCGGACUAACUGUUUAAUAAGCCCUAUAAAGUGAUGGUCUGAUCAUAGCAAAGAUUAUAAUUACCCAAGAUUGGACAGCGGCAUCAUUUACAUUGGGAGCCUCCUCCGGAUGCUUCAGGUUUUUCCCCAUGUGACCAAUCUGGAGGCCGUACAUAGAUUUUCAGCUUCCUGUGAUUACAUUGGGGGUCAUAGGGGUGGUUUUGAAGAGUUUAAAAUGUUUUUUUUUACAUAUUUGUGACCAGUGGACAGUUAAGACCCGGCAUAUGAAAUCUGAAUUCAAUCUGCCCAAAAGGAUUGUUGACCUCCAUUGGACACAAUUGUCUUACAGUACCAGAGGGGUCUAUAUGUCUGUCCCCGCCACCUUCUUCAAAAUAGUUUCAUUCUUAACCAAAAUCCUGGAGAAAAUGAUUUUUCAAACAGCUGAAUGAUUUUUAAAGUGCCAACUGUAUUUUUGACAAAUUCCAAUCUGGUUUUGCGGCCCACCACAGCACAUAGACAGCGUUAGUUCAAGAGGUAAAUGAUCCUAGAGCAACACAGAGACAGUCUUAGUUAGUGGUAAAUGAUCCUAGAGCCAACACAGAGACAGCCUUAGUUAAAGUGGUAAAUGAUCCUAGA